UCUCCCCUCUCCUCUCCUCUCUUCUCUUCUCUUCUCUUUUUGGAAGUAAUAAUUCUAUUUUUAUAAUUCUACUUUUUUUCUAAAUGCAGUACAAAACCUUAUAGCAAACUACUUAGAAUGGGAUGCCUCUUCAACUUUUUGAUCUAUCUGCUCUAUCCCUUUGUAUUUAACAUUUUUUGUGAAUAUAGCCUACCAUAGGCAAGAAACAUUGCCAUACUCGCCAAAAUUCCCCAUUCAAGAUAACAAUUAAACAAAUGAGUUUGGUUCUCCAUUAUAUUUGUCAAGUACCAGAAAUGAUAGAGCUGCUUAUAUUAGCCAGCUCAAACAUAGCUUAUUAUUUCAUGCAGCUCCAGCUGCCCUGUAAAGUAGAAGAAUUAACCCUGUGAUCCUCAGUGUCUUAGAAAGUUGGAAUGGAGUUGUUCCAGUCUCUUGGUAUUCAUUUCUUUAAAAGUAUGGAGCAGAAAAUUAUUCAAUAAGUUUUAAGUAGUAUUUGAUUCAUAAGUGAGUCAAUCAAAUAUUAUAAAUAAAAAUCCCUUACAUUUUAUAUAUGUAUAUAAAAUAAGAGGCUAAAAAUUGGUUUUCUGGUCUUUGUUAAAUGAGCUUUUGAGAUGUAGAAUUACUAAUUUUAUUUAUUGCAUUUUUGAAAAUCAUGAAGAAAUUAUCUGUUUCAGCUAUUUAACUGUAUUCACAGAAUAUGUUUAAUCAUUUGGAUUUCUAGUGCUUAUUACACCAGGAGCCAUCUAUGGCCCUUUGUCUGAUUUUAUACAGGGGUAUAUAGUCCAAUAACACGGAAAAGGAGGGACAAGAGAAAAACAAAUGAAAAAACUCAAACUAAGAGAGCAAUGGAAAUAAUCCUCUGCAAAUAAUCAGUUCAAAUCUGCUAAGACGGAUAAAAGAGGGAGAAGCCAAAAUGAAUAUAGCAGUGGAAACUGUACAGAUUAUAAAAUACUUGAUGGGCCAGGAAGAACAUUGAAAUGAAUAGGAUAUAUCCAGUUCUUUAAUAUACUAAAGGGAGUAUGUCUUUAAAACAAAAACAAAAAAAACAACCACCAGAUUUCUGUUCCUGGUUUCAACCAUCCAAUACACAACAGUUUGCUGCAACUGCAAAAGUCUUAUGGACUUGCUCUGUUUUUGUACCUUCACAUAAAAUGACUUUAGGGAAGAACAAUAUUAUUUUAAGAACUUGACUUUAAUGCUCAUUAAUCAAGAGAUAUGUCUGUGUAUCAUCACAAACACUGAAUAAGAUGCUGAUUAUGUAUACCAGAACUUGAUUGCGAAGUGUAAAUAACUACAAAAACAACUGCCUUAAAAGGGGCCAGAACUUUAGUCUAGCCUGCUGAAUACAGUAUUUGAAAAAGCAGGGAUUCUCCAAAGUUUCAAGCUAAAAUUGUUUUAGUUUGGUUGAUGGCUUUAAAUGGACAUGUUUGAGACUAAACCAGAGCUUUACUUAUAAAAACUGUGCUGUAUAAUUAAACUAUUUUUUCAUAUUUUUCUAUUUAGGGCAUUUUUAUAAAAAGUCUCAGAAAACAUGUAGACUCUUCUUAUCAUAGUUUACUUGACCCUAGUUCCAAAAUGUGAUUAUUGCAUUUAGAUUCAAACAGAAAACUAUAGAUCGAGUUCUAGCUCUGCCAUUUUUCUUGCUGUAGGACAUUUCUAAGAUAACAAAUUAUAUGCCAUAUUUCUAGAUAAACAAGUUCUAUGAGCCACUGUCAGAUCGCUAGCUGGGAAAAAUGGCAAAAUUGCACUAAAUUAUUGUUUCUCUCUUUCCAUAAAAGAAUCUCAUAUUUGUCUGGAAGUUAAUUUUUUAUUAAUAAUAAGUAAUGAGAGUCUAGUCCAAGGACUAGAUUGUAUUUUCACUAACCAGGGUUUUGAUGGACUUGUGCUACUAGGGAUAUUUUUCAAGAAUAGGCAAGUUUUCCUAUUUAAAAUAGACUAUUUUGCAAGAAAGAAGUUUCAGCUUGCAUUAAAAGAUGCUCUGAUAACUAUGUUUAGGAUCAUGGAUUUUCCAGGGCACUUCGAGCAAAUCUUCCAGCAGCUGAACUAUCAACGGCUUCAUGGUCAACUCUGUGAUUGUGUCAUUGUGGUUGGAAAUAGGCACUUCAAAGCACAUCGUUCUGUUUUGGCAGCAUGCAGCACACACUUCCGAGCUCUCUUCACUGUAGCAGAAGGAGAUCAGACUAUGAACAUGAUCCAGUUAGACAGUGAAGUAGUGACAGCUGAAGCUUUUGCUGCUCUCAUUGAUAUGAUGUACACCUCUACACUCAUGCUUGGAGAGAGCAAUGUUAUGGAUGUGUUGCUAGCUGCUUCUCACCUCCAUUUGAACUCUGUAGUAAAAGCAUGCAAACACUAUCUCACUACAAGGACAUUACCCAUGUCUCCACCAAGUGAUAGAGUUCAAGAGCAGAAUGCACGCAUGCAGCGGUCUUUCAUGCUUCAGCAGCUUGGGUUAAGUAUAGUGAGCUCUGCAUUAAAUUCUACCCAAAGCACAGAAGAGCAGACAAAUUCUAUGAGCUCGUCAGUCAGAAGUAACAUUGAACAACGAAGUGCUUUUCCGAUACGGCGUCUCCACAAACGUAAACAGUCUUCCGAAGAAAGGGCUAGACAACGCAUUAGGCCUUCCAUGGAUGAUUCUAUCAUGUCAGAUGUUACUCCUGAAAGUGCACAGACUGUGGUUCAUUCACGAGAUGAAUUUUUUUCCCCAGACUCCUUGAAAAUUGUGGACAAUUCUAAGACUGAUGGUGUGAAUGAUCACCAGGAAGAUAAUACCGUUAUGUUCGAUCAAUCCUUUGGUGCCCAGGAAGAUGCUCAAGUGCCCAGCCAGUCUGACAACAGUGGGGGAACUAUUUCUCAAAUGUCUAUGGCAUCACAGGCGACUCAAGUUGAAACUAGUUUUGAUCAAGAGACCGCUUCCCAAAAAAACAAUUUUCAGUGUGAGAAUCCUGAGGUUGGACUAAGUGAAAAAGAACACAUGAGAGUAGUGGUGAAAUCUGAACCUUUGAGUUCUCCAGAACCCCAGGAUGAAGUGAGUGAUGUCACUUCUCAAGCAGAGGGAAGUGAAUCAGUUGAAGUAGAAGGUGGAGGAGUAAAUGCUGAAAAAAUAGAACUGAGCCCUGAAAGCAGCGAUCGUAGUUUUUCUGACCCACAGUCUAGUACCGAUAGGGUAGGGGACAUUCAUAUUAUGGAGGUGGGAAAUAACAUAGAACACAAGUCCACUUUUAGUAUUUCAAACUUUCUGAAUAAGAGCCGAGCCAGUAGUUUUGGUGCCAGCCAGAAUCAUGAGGACAACAUUCCAAAUACAACUAGUGACUGCAGAAUGGAUGGUGAUGCCUCUUAUUUAAUUAGCCCAGAAUCUGGGCCUGCUAAUAGUCAUUCUUCAGCUUCUGUUUCUCAUGUGGAGAAUCCUUUUAAUGACAGCACAGACUCGCAUUUUGUCAGGCCUAUGCAGGAUGUCAUGGGCCUUCCUUGUGUACAAACUUCUGGCUACCGCACAGCAGAACAAUUUGGGAUGGACUUUCCAAGAUCUGGCCUCGGAUUGCAUUCUUUGUCAAGGGCAGUAAUGAGCUCAAGGGGUGGCGCCAACAGCUUUCCUGGGUAUCGUCGCAUAGCUCCCAAAAUGCCUGUUGUGACUUCUGUUCGGAGCUCUCAAAUGUCAGACAAUGCUCCAAAUUCUCAGUUGCUAAUGAAUGGGGCUACUUCCUCUUUUGAAAACGGGCAUUCUUCCCAACCUGGCCCACCACAGCUGACUAGAGCCUCUGCUGAUGUUCUUUCAAAGUGUAAAAAGGCCUUAUCUGAACACAAUGUCCUGGUAGUAGAAGGCGCUCGCAAAUAUGCCUGCAAAAUUUGCUGCAAGACUUUUCUGACCCUAACAGACUGCAAGAAGCACAUUCGCGUGCAUACUGGGGAGAAACCAUAUGCUUGUUUAAAGUGUGGCAAGAGGUUCAGUCAGUCGAGCCAUCUGUAUAAACAUUCCAAAACUACUUGUCUUCGUUGGCAGAGCAGCAAUUUACCCAGCACUUUGCUUUAAUUCUUUUCCUCUGUCCCAUGUUGCCAAUAAUUUUAGGAACGCAUGGAGUAUAAGAGGCAAACACUUAGUGUGAUUCUGCCACACACCUUAAAAAAAAGGCUUGAUUAUUUUUAAUACUUGUACCAUACCUACCUCACAGGGGUGUUGUGAGGCUUAAACAACUUUUAAAAAGUGCUUUGAAAUUAUCCAGCUCUGUCACAAAAUAAAAAGAUUGCAAUCCUUGGGAGAAAGCCCCAUUGAAUAUUCUGGGGUUUAUUUCCAAGUAAGCAUGUUUAGGAUUGGGCUGUACAUAUUAUGUAAGGAUACAAUACUUGGUAUUGUACUUUCUGAUUGGAUGGUCUGAAAGCUGACUUGUAUAGCUAAUGCAUAAUUAGCUAGUGUUGUUACUAAGAUGAAGGGCAAACUUUUUAAUGGCUUUUUUAAUGAUGUGAAAGCAUUUAUCUGUAUAAUAGGUCGCUUAGAGUGUGUGAACAACAUAACAAAGAGCUCUUUAUUGUGAAAGGUUACAUAUCUUGAAGAUGAAACUAUCUUUGCACCUCAAAGUGCUUUUAAAGUGUGUGAUAGUUUAACAUAGUUUUAGGGGUCUGAAUGUAUUUUUGGUUGUUUUGCAGUAACAUACACUGUGUAACAAAGGUGCUUACCUUGAAUACAAUGCAAGUACGUUUUAGACUGUCUGAUAUAUGUGUGUGUGUAUAUAUAUAUACACUUUUGAAUACUGCAAAAUCUAGGUGUUUCAUAGUUUUCCUUUUGUAAAAUCUUGUACUAGAAAGUGAAGUGUUUAUGUAUUAUCCUUGAUAGUGUUUCUAAUCAUUUUGUAUUCAAUGUGUUAAAAUUCAACAUAAGU